CGUGGAUUAUCUGGUUGGUCCGGUCCGGGAGUGAAAACAUAGAUUAUUCCGCUAAACACAAAAACACAACGAAAAACCCUAAACCCAUUAGUCACUGACAUCUGAAAAUUUCAAAGUAAAAAAACGUCUCCGGCCGGUGUUUCUCCAUCUCCGGCAUCAAUGGCCAUGCUCUUGCACCGUCUCCGACGAGUUCUAGUCGCCGCGCCUUCCUACUUUCAAAGAUCCUUCAGUCUAUCUCGUCCCUCCGAUUUCACUAUUGUCUCAUCGUUAUUACCGCAAAGAUCCGUGGUGAAGCAAUCCUCGGAAUUAAAUCGAUCUCCGGCGAGAUUGUUCUCGACGACUCAGUAUCAGUACGAUCCUUACACCGGAGAAGAUUCGUUCGCCCCUGAUAACGAAGGAUGCGAUUUCAAUCAUUGGUUAAUCACAAUGAACUUCCCCAAAGAUAAUUUCCCGUCUAGAGAUGAAAUGAUUUCGAUUUUUGAGCAAACUUGUGCUAAAGGACUUGGUAUAAGUUUGGAAGAAGCUAAGAAGAAGAUUUAUGCAAUUUGCACAACGAGUUACCAAGGGUUUCAAGCAACAAUGACAAUAGGAGAAGUAGAAAAGUUUAGAGAUUUGCCUGGGGUUCAAUACAUAAUUCCUGAUUCUUAUGUUGAUGUUGAGAAUAAGGUGUAUGGAGGAGAUAAAUAUGAGAAUGGAGUGAUAACUCCUGGGCCAGUUCCUGUCCCUACUAAAGAAGGCUUUGAUUCUCUGGAGAAGGGACAAGAGAAAGCGCAGAGAAGUGAAACGACUCCAGAUCAGGGUCAAACCUCAGGAGAAGAGCUAGCUCAAAUUAAUCAAAGGCCAUCAGAUCAGAUGAGUUUCAAGCAAAGGCAAGAAACUUUGGCUCUUGAACAAGGGCAAGGUCAAGGAGCUCGAAUGUUAACCCCAGGACAAGGGCAAGUGCAAGGUCAAGGAAGUCGAAUACCAAUUCCAGGACAAGGGCAAAGUCGAGGUCAAGGAAGUCGAAUCCCUUCAUCUCAAGGGAGUUUCAAGCAAAGCCAGGGAACUCUAUCUGUGGGACAAGGGCAAGCUCAAAGAAGUGAAUUGCCUUCACUCCAAGGAAGUAUCAAGCAAAGCCAAGAAAUACCAACCCAUGGACAAGGUCACCAAAGUCAAAUUCCUUCAUUUCAGGGUAGUUUCAAGCAAGGCCAAGAAACCCCGACCCUAAGACAAGGACAAGCUCAAGGAAGUCAGAUGCCUCCAUUUCAAGGUGGUAACAACCAAAUCCAGGGAACACGAAUCCCUGCACAAUGGCAAGGUCAAGGAAGUCAAAUACCUUCCAAUCAGGUGGGUUACAGCCAAGGUCAAGGAGCUCAGACACCUCCAUACCAAGGAUUACCAAACAAUUACGGUCAAGGAGCAGCUGUGCACUACAGCAGAGGGCCACCACAAGGAAACUUUAUCCAAGGAACGCAAGAAACUUACAACCAAGGGAAUUACACUCCAGAAAAUGGUGAAAACUAUGCUCCUGCACAAGGAGUAGGAAGUCCAGGAUUUGGAAAUGGGAAUCCUGGAAACGGGCAAGGUCAAGGAGGUCAGUUAUUAUCUCCAUAUCAAGGGAGUUACAACCAAGGCCAUGGAAAUCCAGUACCAGGACAAGGCCAAGAAGGUCAAAUACCUUCAUAUCAGGUGGGUUACAGUCAAGGCUUGGGAGCUCCAGUGCCCCCAUACCAAGUAACACCACGAAAUUAUGGUCAAUGGGCAUUUGUGAACUACAACCAAGGACCACCACAAGGUAACUUUCUCCAAGGGCCCCAACAAAAUUACAACCAAGGAGGUCAAUGGAAUUACAGUCCACAAAACGGUGGACACUAUGGCCCUGCACAGUUUGGACAGUGGUAUCCUGGACCCCCUCAAGUUCAAGGAAAUCAAAUGCCUCAAUAUCAGCUUAGUUACAAUCAAGGUCAAGCAACUCCAUUCCCUGGACAAUGUCGAUGUCAAGGAUGUGGAAUGCCAUUUUAUCAGGGGAGUUACAUUCAAGGACAAAGAACUCAAAUUCCUGGACAAUGGCAAGGUCAAGGAUGUGCAAUGCCGUCAUAUCAGGCUAGUUACAAUCAAGUCCAGGGAGCACCAGCGCCUCCAUACCAUGGAAACUACAAUCAAGCAACACCAGGCAGUUAUAGUCAAGGGACAUCUGCAGUGAAACCAGUGAAUUAUAAUAUGCAGAACGGUGGAUACUAUGGUCCUGCACAUGGAUCGGCAGGAAAUCCAGGAUUUGCACAAGGUGUUACUGGACACCGGCAGAAUGAAACAUUUCAACUAGAUGAUCAGAGAAAUGUAGCAGGUGGGGAGUAGCAACAAUCCUGCAAAUCCCACUGAAACCAGAAAACCAAAUUCUUGAGCAUAUUACACAACUUGCUCGUCUCAUAGCUCAUGAUAACAGAAGUCUCCAGCUCUCACUUUCUGUAUAUAUGUUAAAUAGAUGAUUCAUUUCUUUCCGUUUCUACUAGAAAAGAAUAAAGGAUCAGAUUAGAGCAAUGCAGGAAUUGUGAAGCUUGCAGCUUCAAAGGAAAGUAGAUUUUUGUUGUGGUAAUAUACCAUUGAGCCAAAUUUUGUCGGUUGAGUAGUAUAAUAAACUUCAUUUUGAAAAAUUAAGUUCACUUGUAUAGUUUAUAUGUUCUUUUUGA